UGCCAUGACAACACCAAGCUCCACCGUGCUCUGCUCGUCCCAGGACGUCCUGAAAUCGGUAAAAACAUCGGUGAUCAUCCGGUAAAGACAACCUAAAGGAAGGGGAAAGUGUCAUGUCUGAUCUGCUUAAAGAAAAAUCCCUAAAAAGAGAAAAGAGGACGGGCAAAGCGCCUUCAGAGGGCAGAGGCAAAGAAACAACUGGCAAGACUAAGGACUCUAUAAGUACAGUGUCGUGUAUAGAUGAACUAGGACACCAUGAUGACAAUGCUCGGAUGGCUGUAACAAUGGAGAACACCUACCAGCUGGGACCUUACAAACGCUUCCCUAUUCCUGCUGUCACAGACAUACUGAAGGAUGUACUCACCAGUUACCUCCAAGAGGAGAAAUAUGAAGUAGAGUGGUCUCAAAAAAUGACAAAAACAAUAUGUGAGGUGAUAAGAGCCCGCGUGAAGGACCUCAUGAUUCCCCGAUAUAAGAUUGUCGUGCUGGUCCACAUCGGCCAGCUCACCGGGCAGAGCAUGCAAAUCAGCAGCCGCUGUCUGUGGGAUGCAUCUAAUGACACCUUCGCCUCUUACUCCUUCAAGAACAGCUCUCUGUUUGGUGUGGCAUCUGUCUACGCUGUUUACAUUGAGUGAAUCAUGUAGACAUUGGAUGGACCCACACAAGAUUCACUUUAGUCAUACAUUUCUCACAGUGAGGAAGAGAUUUCUGCUAUUGAAGAGUUCUUUAUUUUAUUGUAUAUUUUGUCUGAAUAAAUGAUUAAA